GCACCGCGCCUCAAGGUGCCCAGGCUGCCUGCUGCCCCAGACAGCGGAGGAGGCGUGCGCCUCGGCCUUGGUGCCCAGGGGCCAGGCAGAGCACACCUCACACUCACCAGGAGUCCCCAGGCAGAGGUGGGAAGGCCUGUCCACGGCUUUGCAGGAUGAGGCCACAGGUGCCCUUGGCCCCUCCUGCCCUCUGGGUCCUAGGGUGCCUCACCUUCCUGCUCUGGCUGUGGGUGCUGUGCUCAGCCUGCCACAGGAAGCGGGUGCCAAGGCAGCUGUCCAGGCUGCAGGACAGUGUGAUGCCAGCGGAAGGGGUGAGUGCCAGGCUGCCCCGGGGCCAGGGUGGGGCCAGCAGGGCACCAGCCAGUCUUCCUCGCCCCCAGUCACUGAUGAGACGGCCCUACCACCACUCCCUCAGCAAGUCGGACACCAGACUGCAUGAGCUGCACCGCAGCCGGCCCUGCAGCAGAGCCCCAGCCCCACGGCCCGCCAGCGUGGAUUUCCUGUGCCCGCAAUGGCCAGAGGUGUCCAGAGGCACUACCAGGCCCCCAGCAGCCUUCUCACACCUGGAGCUGCCCCUGGCUGCGCCCUCCACCGGCCCCGAGGCCACCUAUUCCAACGUGGGGCUGGCUGCAAUCCCCCGGGCCAGCCUGGCAGUCAGCCCUGGGGUGUGGACAGGGUCAUGGCUGACCAGCAGCUGUGCCAGGCCUGGGCCUGCGGCCAGACCCGUGGUGGCUGAGUAUGCUUGCAUCCAGAAGUUCAAGGGAACAGAUCGGGGUCCCCAAGGCCUGGAGCUGGGGAAGGCUGAGCUGACCCCAGCCACUCAGGUGGACCUCCUGUACUCCAGGGUCAGCAAGCCUAAAAGGAGGGACCCAGGACCUGCCACAUGCCAGCCCAACCCCAAUGGAGGGGGAGCAAUUCUGGCUCUGAGGGGUGACUCGGCCUACGAGGUCCUUCCACUCAGGGGUCUGGGUGUGGACAAGAGCCUCCUGGAAAACGUGUAUGAGAGCAUCCAGGAGAUGGGGGCUUCUGCGCACCUGGAGCCCCCUAGCUCGAGCUCCUAGCAGGAGAGGACAUAUGCAGGGCAUGGAGCCCCCUGCUUCCUGUCUAAACACCCAAGUACCAUGGUCCUUCUUCCAGAGUGGGGUGCCACCCUUCACUUCCCCCACAGUCCCCUCCCACACACAGCUGACAGCAGAAAUUCCAGAUCGCAGGGCUGCCAGCCUGUGGGGUCCCUGGGUCCAGGGCAGCCUCUCAAUAAAUCCCCAGCUCAGGCGCCGAACACA